UUUGCCUGUCACUCACAAUUCACAAAUCUCUCUCUCUCUCUCUCUCUCUCUUGGUUGUGUUCACGUCGUUCAUCCAUUUCCUCCUCUUCUGAAAUUGCUAUAAAUUCAACUCACUAUGAGACCUGUUACUUUCAUCCUUUGAUUCCUUUACCAACUCCUCAAUUUCUUUCCUUUUGACUUUCCACUUGCCGAUUUCGAUGGGAAAAUGUCGUCUGCUUCUCUUUAUUGCCGCAAUUUCUUCCAUUUUCCGACUUCUCCAUGCUACCUCCGGCGACGCUGAUCCCAUUUACAAAACAUGUGUUGGUCACUGCAAGGAGACUGGAUGUGUGGGGGAGAAAUGCUUUCAGCAUUGUAAUUUUUCUUCUGGGGAAAAUCCAAUUGAUGGUCCAUGGUACCUGCAGGAACCACUUUAUCUGAGAUGGAAACAGUGGGACUGCCUUAGUGAUUGUCGAUACCACUGUAUGCUUGCCAGAGAGGAAGAAAGACGGAAACUUGGUCUUAAGCCUAUCAAAUAUCAUGGGAAAUGGCUAUUCCGGCGUGUUUAUGGGAUUCAGGAACCUGUUUCUGUGGCAUUCUCUGCCCUUAACCUUGCUAUACAAUUCCAUGGUUGGGUAUCUUUUUUUAUUCUAGUGAACUACAAGCUACCUUUUAGCCCGAAGAAGAAGCCAUAUUAUGAAUACACUGGCUUGUGGCAUAUUUAUGCUAUUUUAUCAAUGAACUCCUGGAUCUGGAGUGCUGUUUCCCAUAGUAGAGAUGUGGAAUUGACUGAGAAGCUGGACUAUUCAUCCGUGGUUGCAUUUAUUGGGUAUUCUCUUCUUGUUGCUAUAUUGCGAGCCUUCAAUGUGAGAGAUGAGGCAUCAAGGGUAAUGAUUGCUGCUCCCAUUGUUGCGUUUGUAACAACCCAUAUCUUGUAUCUGAACUUUUAUCAACUCGACUAUGGAUUAAACCUCAAAGUCUAUGUUGCUAUGACCAUGCUGCAGUUUAUGUUAUGGACUGUCUGGGCAGGUUUUAGUCACCAUCCAUCACGCUGGAAGUUGUGGUGUCUGGUGGCUGGUGGAAUCCUUGCCACACUCCUUAAGAUAUAUGACUUUCCUCCUUAUAUGGGAUAUGUGGAUGCCGAUGCUUUAUGGCACGGUAUCUCCAUUCCUCUGACAUACUUGUGGUGGAGUUUCGUAAGGGAUGACAGUGAAUUUGGAACGACAACUCUUAAAGAAAGCAAAGUAGAAUGAGAAGCAUGUUGUAUUUGGUAAAGGGUGUCUGAAGUAAUUUCCAUUCGGGUCUUUGUUAGUUUUUGGUUGGUUCUUUUUUCUUGCAUGUAGGCAUUUCUUCGAAAUGGUUAGCGGCCAUGCGAGUUUCUGUUUUUCCAACUUCAGUAGGUCUAGUUCAGAUGCAUAUUUCUUGAUUUCCACGUCUUUCCCCUAUGGUCUUGUAAAACAUAUCUGAAGGUUGUACUGUACUUAUCUGAUCUGUAGUUUGUAUUCUACAUAUUUAUCAAGGGAGAA